AGCCGUGUACCGUACAGCACCGUAAUAACACUGCUACGGUGAUAUUUUGUUAGCCAGCUGCGUAAACAGCGUCUGUUUCUCCAGUCGGUGUCUCUCUCCACCCGGUGUUCCCGCGUUUUGUUCGCUAGGUUUGUUCGUGAAGCUGCAAAAUGAGCGACGAGGACGAGUUUUUGCAGAAAGCCCGAGCCGGGUUUGAGGAUCUGUGUCGGGCUCUGAAUAUGGACGAGGAGGCGAGCACCGAGGCGUGGAAGACCUACGAGAACAUCAGCAGGAACUUUACACUGGAGGGCAGUGAGCUGCACUGGCUGGCCUGUGCUCUGUACGUGGCCUGCAGGUCCUCGGUGCCCACGGUGGGGAAAGGCACCGUUGAGGGGAACUACGUCUCUCUGACCAGAAUCCUACGCUGCUCAGAAAUGAGCCUGAUCGAGUUCUUCAACAAGAUGAAGAAGUGGCAGGACAUGGCCGACCUGCCUCAGGACUUCCGUCAGAGCACCGAGAAGCUGGAGAGGAACUUCACCGUGUCGGCCGUCAUCUUCAAGAAGUACGUUCCCAUCUUCAAGGCCAUCUUCAAGGCGCCGUCUGAGGAGCCCCCCCGAGUCCACCGCAGCCGCAAACAGAGACGCCACCCCUGCACCGUGACUGAGGUCUUCAACUUCUGCUGGGUUCUGUUUGUCCACGCUAAAGGGAACUUUCCCAUGAUCAGUGACGACCUGGUGAACUCGUACCAUCUGCUGCUGUGCGCUCUGGACCUGGUCUUCACCAACGCUCUGCUGUGCCACGCCAGGAAAGACCUGCUCAACCCAGACUUCACAGGUCUACCUGAGGACUUCAGCAGUAAGGACUACAGGCCGUCCUCAGGUCCGUACUGCUUCAUAGAGCAGCUGUGUGAGCUGCAUGAGGGGCUGGUGCUGGAGGCCAAGGGGGUCAAAGAGCACUUCUGGAAACCCUUCAUCAAGAAGCUCUUCCACAAGAGGAUCCUCCGGGGGAAGGAGGACAGUCUGACUGGAUUUCUGGAUCCCAUGAACUUUGGAGACAGUUUCUUGUCUCUCAGUCGGGUCUAUGAGGAACAUGUUCUGGCGACCGGCAGUCUGGAUGAGAGGAUCUUCACUGGUGAGGGGGCGAGCGAGGACAUCGGCACCCCGGGGCCCUGCCUCUGUGAGGGGGUGGAGAACCAGGACAGCGCCACCUACAGGCUUCACACCAACCUCACUGCCUCAGCUCUGAAGGUCUCCACUCCUCUGACAGGGAGGAAGUACGUUCAGGAGAACAGCCUGGCCUCUCCGGUCUCAUCCGCCAUGAAGAGUGUGGGACGUCUCCACACUCUGCUGUCGGGAACCAAACAGGGUCCGAGCCCUAAACUCACAGAGACUCUCAGGACCUGUGCCAGAGACCCCAGUGAUGUCAUCAGUAAGCGUCUGAAGGACAUGUUUGACCUCUUCUCUCAACAUUAUGAGAAGAGUGGUGCAGAGAAACGGGGGAUGGGUAAAGACAUGGCAGUGAAGUAUUUCCACCUGGCAGAGGCGCUCUACUACAGGAUCCUGGAGUCCAUCAUCGAGAGGGAGAAGAUGAUUCUGGGAGACGCUGACCUGUCUUGUAUUCUGGAGCAGGACAUCUUCCACCGCUCUCUGCUGGCCUGCUGCUUGGAGAUCGUCACCUUCUCCUACAGACCUCCAGGAGACUUCCCCAACGUGAUCACCAUCUUCCAGCUGCCUGCCUAUCACUUCUACAAGGUGAUCGAGGUGUUGGUGCGCUCGGAGCAGGGUCUGUUCCGGGAGGUGGUGAAGCACCUGAACCAGGUGGAGGAGCAGGUCCUGGAGAGUCUGGCCUGGACCAGAGACUCCCCGCUGUGGGAGAGUCUCCGUGGGGCCAAAGACCUGGUCCCAGCCUGUCAGGAGGUGAUGCCUCCUCAGUACCUGGAACAAAACGAUGACAGCAGCACAGGCAGCGUUCCCAACACACCUGUGAACCACGGACCUGAACUCAACACCAACAGCACUGUCAAAGGAGUGUCCCCCUCCCCCACCACUCUGCUGGACCGUUACAGCUCCUCCCCCACCGGCACCGCUCGCCGCCGUCUGUUUGUGGACCCGGUGGACGGUGAGACCGGAGUCACCUCCACCAGCAGCACCAGUACCACCAGUACAACGCCAACCAGUGUGACCAAGACCAGACAGGCCAGCCUGGUCACAGCUAUCCCAGCUGGGCAGACUGUGGUCACCAUGGCAACCGCCACCGUUACCGCCAACAACGGGCAGACGGUCACCAUACCUGUGCAGGGUAUAGCCAAUGAGAGCGGAGGAAUCACCUUCAUCCCCGUCCAGGUGAGUGUGACCGGACAGGGCGGAGCCACGCUGCAGCCGCUGUCUGCCCAGACUCUGACCGGCACCCUAACCGUCCAAUCAGCUGUGACCAAGCCAGCUGCCAAACCAGCGAGCAGUCCUCUGAGAAAAGGCUCGCUGUCCCUGUUCUUCAGGAAGGUGUACCACCUGGCCAGCGUUCGUCUCAGAGACCUUUGUGCGAAGCUGGACAUCUCGUCUGAGCUGAGGAGGAAGAUCUGGACGUGUUUUGAAUAUUCUCUGGUCCACUGCACGGACCUGAUGAUGGACCGUCACCUGGACCAGCUCCUCAUGUGUGCUGUUUACGUCAUGGCAAAGGUGACCAAAGAGGACAAAUCGUUUCAGAACAUCAUGAAGUGUUACCGCACCCAGCCUCAGGCCAGCAGCAACGUAUACAGGAGUGUGUUGAUCUCAGGGAGGAGGAGGCGUCACUCCGGCACCAACGACACAAACAAACAGAACUCGUCUCCUGACACCAGUCUGGAUCCAGCAGGUGGAGACAACAGUCCAGUACCUAUUCGCUCCAGCAGCACCUUGCCUGCCCCCCAGCCUGGCAGUGCCCCCUCCACACCCAACAAGAACCCCUCCUCGUCUUCCUCGGCGGAGGAGGAGCGAGGAGACCUGAUCCACUUCUACAACAACGUUUACAUCAAACAGAUGAGACUGUUUGCUCUGAGAUACUCCCCCAGCUCCCCCUCUGCAGGGGUGGAGUCCCCCUCCCUCUGUCCGUAUCCCACCCUGAGAAUCGGCUCUCCUCGUCGGAUGCUUCUGUCCAGCAAACACUCCAUCUACAUCUCACCUCACAAGACAGGCUCCGCCCCCUCGCCAACAACCCCCCGAGACAAGAUCUACUACUACAUCUGCAGCAGCCCCCCAAAUCGUCUGCAGGAGAUCAACAGUAUGAUCCGGACUGGGGAGACCCCCACCAGGAAACGCAGCAUGCCUCUGGAGGACGAGACGUCCCCCAAGAGGGUGUGUCCUGACAAUCACUCCGCCCUGCUGCGCCGCCUGCAGGACGUCGCCAAUGACCGCAGCUCCUCCCACUGAGAUCACACACACACACUGAAUACACACUUCACACACACACACACACUCUCAUACUAUCACCACAGUGACACACACUCGUGGUCAGAGGUCAGACUCUUCAGGAGCAUUUUGGUUACUCGUAAAUUUUAUAGAACUUUAAAUAAUAAAUCUGCAGUCAUGUGAUCACAUGUUGGUCACAUGUUGGUCACAUGUCUGACCAACAGGAAACAUGGAGGAGAAACAUUUGACCAGAGAAACACUGAAGUGUAAAAACAAAACCAGAAACAGACAAAUAUCUGAACAGGAAGAACCAUCUCACUGUUACCAUGGAAACAGACUGUUGUUUUAAUACAGACCUGAUUCAAACUAAUUUCAUUUCAUUCAUCAUUAAUUAACUGAACUGAAUUCUGACGAAAAUAUCAGGAUGUUUAUAUUUUUUUGAAGUUCUGUAAAAUUCACUCUGAAAACGACCAAAGUGAAAAAGAAACUGAUUUCUGUCUGUUGCUUUAAAAAGUUAAGACAUUCAUGUUUAAGUUUUCCAGAUGUUUGUGUGUGUUUGGUUUGAACUGAGGCAACAGGGACAGGUGAGUCCAGGUGACUUACACUAACACAGUCAGCACCUGGCGCUGCAGCAGUGACUGAGACACACAUCAUGGAGGAGGUUCAGGUCCUGAUGCUGAACCUGUCCCUCCAGAAUAAAGCUCCACAGAAACAGAGUCUGUAGAACUUCACAGAGAAUCCUCCUGUUUCUAAGUUUCUUCAGUAUCACAGUAAAACAUCAUGAUACACUGCAGACAGCUGAUCGAAGCCGCUGUUUACAUCCCCAAUGCAUGAUGGGAAGUGUAUUUCAAAAACCUAGAGCUGGUUAUGUCCCUGACAGUUGAAGCCUCUGGUUUGAACUAAUGAUCAGUCUUGAUGAUCUUCUUCGUGUCCCCGUGACAUGUCAGUGUGUGAAUCUCUUCAUUCCGUCCAUUUCCUCUGAAACAGGAAGUUUCCUGGGCUUUUAUUCUGAAAGUUUUCUACUAGAAGUUCCUUCCUGAAGUGAAGGCGUGAUGACGUGUCGUCCUGCUCUGAUGAUUUCUUUUACUCUGACUUUAUUCAACUUAACUGAGAGAUUUAGUUUCUGUGUUUCUAGGAAACUAAAAACCAAACUCUGAUGGAGUUCCCGUCAUUGUUAAACUGGUUUACAGGUGAAACAUGUUCACCAUCGUGGCACCAGUUAAAGGGCUUCAGAUGAAUUAUGUCAUGUGAUUAAAUCUGAUCUUCAUCUUCACACCAGCAGAUGAUUUAAAUGUGUUUGUCUGGACAGUCGUCCUCCUGUUCUCGUGUUUGACCCCGACUGUCUGAGACGAGGACUCGUCUGUAAAUAUCUGUACAAAGAGAAGAAACAUAUUUUAUGGAGGUUGAUGUAAGUUAAGUGCCUUUUUUUUACUCCUGAAUCUGUUUGUUAGUUAGUUUGUUGUUUACAACCAACAAACUUCACCUUUAUUAGAUUUUCUUGAUUGUAAAAAAAAAAAGCUGAUGUAAUAAAAAG